AUGGCGUCGACGGUCGCAGCGAAGCGACUCUUCCAAGAAUACAAAUCCCUGUUGACCAAUCCGCCCGAUGGUAUCACGGCCGGCCCUGUGAACGAGGAUGAUCUUUUCAUCUGGGAGGCAUUGAUUCAAGGCCCCGAAGGGACUCCCUUUGAGGGCGGCAUUUUCCCUGCUGAGCUCAAAUUCCCGAAAGAUUAUCCUCUGAAUCCCCCCAAGAUGAAGUUCCUGGGCGAGAUAUGGCACCCUAAUGUAUAUACCAACGGCGAAGUCUGCAUAUCUAUCCUCCACCCGCCCGGCGACGAUCCGAAUCAUUACGAGAGCGCAUCGGAAAGAUGGUCACCCAUCCAAAGCGUCGAAAAGAUCUUGAUAUCUGUCAUGUCGAUGCUGGCUGAGCCCAACGACGAGAGCCCCGCGAACGUCGAGGCUGCAAAGAUGUGGCGAGAACGGCGACUAGAGUUUGAUAGGAAAGUACGAGAGGGUGUGAGAAGAUCAUUGGGUCUAUGA